AUGCAUGAGGCCAGUAGUGACGACUUGUUCCUGCCUUCCUACCAAGAUGAGGAGCUGGUUGACAACCUGCUUUCCAGUGAGAAGUCAGAUGUACAUGGUGACGGAAGUAGCCUCUCCCUGGCCAAAUCCCUGCUCCCCCUGGCAGAGUCCUCCUCUCCUCCACUUAUCCCUUGGGUCUGCUCCACCCGCUACAAGACUGAACUCUGCACCAGCUACUCUGCUUCUGGUUUUUGCAAGUAUGCCGAGCGCUGCCAGUUUGCCCAUGGCCUCCAUGAACUCCAUGUUCCCUUCCGUCACCCAAAGUACAAGACUGAAUUGUGCCGCAGCUACCACACUACAGGCUACUGCUACUACGGCAGCCGAUGCCUGUUCGUUCACAACCCAGCAGAGCAGCGCCCCACCCUCCGCCGCCGCAGAAAUGUCCCUUGUCGCACCUUCCGCUCCUUUGGGGUUUGUCCCUUUGGCACCCGUUGUAACUUUCUGCAUGUCGAGGGUGGUGAUGUAGGAAGCAGUGUGGAUGUUGAGGAGAAGACGCCACCUACUCCCAGCCGUCAAGUCCAGCCACAGACAAAGGAGUGGAAGCCUCGAGGAGUGCUGUGCCGCACCUUCAACUCCUUUGGAUUCUGCCUGUAUGGAACUCGCUGUCACUUCCAGCAUGGCCUCCCCAGCAAGAUUAAAACUGCCAACCAGAGCCAAGGAGGGUCUCCCUACCAACAAGCAUCCCCAGGCAGUUCAGGUUUACUUUCUUCCUCCUCGCCAAACUCUUCGACAUCCUCUUCUCCUCCAUCAACCUCUCCUCUUGCCACUCCAUCUGCAGAUGCCAUGUCCCACAAUGCAUUUAACUUCUCCAGUGAGCACCUAAAUGACCUGCUGUUGCCACUGGCCCUCCAUCUGCAGCAGCUGGAGCGUACAAAGACCCUGGAGAUCUGGGACAACAGGGGUCUCUAA